AGGUUAUAUUUACAGGUUUUACGUUGUACAGUACAGCGGUGUGCGCACGUGAGUCCAGUGAAAAAAUAUGAAAUUAAAAAUGUCUAAACCGUUUAAUGCAAAGUUAGUUAAACAAAUGCUUCUUGAAGAAGACAAAUUUAUCUCGGACAUUUUCUCGAAAAUGCCAUUACCUGCAAACGAACUUGUUGCUCAAAAUGGACAUGAAGAUUACGAAAAGGAGUUUUCAAAUCGAAAGAAAGGUUUUGGAGAAAAAGCUAAACGUGCCCAUACUUUUGAAGAGUUGCAUGCAAAGUUCAAUGAACUUAAGGGGAAAAAGCUGAACUAUAAGGAUAAACUUCUUAAGAAGGGUUUGAAAAACAGAAUUCAGAAAAAGACUAAGCGAGAAGAGAGGUUGAUGCAGAAGAAACUUGCUAGGACUGAAAGGAUGGCUGCGGAGGCAAACGGCACUCAAAAAGUCAAAGAAGAAGGCGAUGCACCUAAAGCUCCCAAACAAAAGCCAAUUUUCAACUCAAAAGGCAAUAUGGUAUUCAGCAAAUUUGACUUUUCGGAAAUAGGAACUAAAAAAAAGACUUUGAAAGCAGAAAAGGAUCCGAAAAAACUUUUAAAACAAUUGGAAGAAAAGAAAAGAAAAGUCCAAGAACUUGAAGAAGCCGGAGAGAAAGAAAAGGCCCAAGAAAUAAAGGAAAAGGAUGCAUGGAAAUCAGCACUGGCGAAAGCCACCGGUGAAAAGGUGAAAGAUGACCCUGAACUGUUGAAAAGAACAAUAAAGCGUGAAGAACAAAAGAAGAAACACAGUCACAAGAAGUGGGAGUCCAGACAAGUAGGAGUGCAAAAAGCAGUACAAGAAAGACAACAAAAGAGGUCAGAAAAUAUAAUGAAGAGGAAAAAGGAUGUUAAAACAAAUAAACUAAAACGAGCGGCCAAAAAGGGACGUAUAAUACCGGGAUUUUAGAAUAAAUUUAGUUUUAAAUUAGGUUUUAAAUAAAUUACCAUCAAGAUUGUUGUUGAUAAAAGAAGCAUCUUCAUUAAUGAAGAUUCCAGGGUUCUUGUUAACUUUUUUUUAUUGAACUUUCUGUUCUAUCAGAAAAUACAAAUAUUUUUUGUAUUAAAUAAAUCUUUGCAUAUAAAACGAAA